GUUGCGAUUAGAAGAUCAAGAAAGAGCAGAGUUCCUUAAGUUCGUCGGACGAUAAGGCACCGGAAGUUGAUAGCACACCCAACAGAGUUUCAGAGGAUCUUGUCAAGUGUUUGUGUAGCAUAUUUUUGAGAAUUGGCACAUUCAGUUGAGUGAUCCUUAUGGUAUCUAUUCAGAUUCCAAAACAAGAAGAGAUGUUGGUGCAUACAAUAAUUUGUGUGAGAUUAAAGGCUCCAAUGUUGAUCUCAACCGAACAACAAAUGCAGUGUAUCUGAUCCACAGAUUAAAGUCCAAAGUCCCUCGUAGAAAACCAUUGGGCCGCUGCUGCCUCAUCUGGAUCAUCACUUGGGGUGCGUCUGGAUCAAAUUGGCAAUGGCUUCCGAGUUUGCAAGCAUGUUGUGUGGUGUUUCCUCCUCGGAAUGAAGGUGGCAGAUGCUAUCACAAUACUCAAGUCCUUUGUUCCCAUGCCCAUGAACUUCGAUAACCUUUCUUCUCUCUCUCUUCCUCUACAACAAAGAAGAGCCUUCAAUUCAUAUUCCCAGGAUUUUGUAAGUUCAAUGAUUUCUGAAUGAAAGCUCAUCCGUACAUGAAGAGUGAUAUCGAAGUGUUGGAUAAGCUUUGUUUACUUAAUAUACGUUCAAGAUGUGGGUCUAAAAAUUUAAUAUAACCAUGAACUUUUGUUGCUCAUCCUCCAACUGAAUGCUUACAAGUUUUUGAAACGAGUAGCAACAAAGAGACUAUCCCUCUAACUUGUUUGAUUUUGAUAAAAAUAUGGCAUCAACUUUGAUCUCUCGUGCUUCACGUAGGUUUCUCAAAUAUUCUUUCCCUUCUUCAGGCCUCUCAAUACAAUAUCCUUCCCCUUCCGUCUUCAAUCCUUUAAUCUCCACUGAACCAUCUAUAAGCAUAAACCGCAACUUCUAUCCUUCGCUCGGUCCAUUUGGGCAAUACCACCAUCAGGAUUCUGAAUUUGAAUCUUUUAAAACUGUUCGAUCUCUCUCAAAUUUUCAGUUUGUUCAGCACAUCUCUACAUCACCUUCGAGUUUAAAAGAGGGAUCUGAGGGAAAUAAGAAUCAAAGUGGUAAUGUGGGUAAAGCAAAUAUCUCUUGGAUUGAUUUAUACUUGCCUAAGCAGGUUCAGCCCUAUGCACAGCUUGCUCGCCUAGAUAAGCCCAUUGGGACAUGGUUGCUUCUAUGGCCUUGUAUGUGGUCAAUUACGUUGGCUGCAACUCCAGGACAGCUGCCUGAUUUUAAAAUGUUGGCAUUGUUUGGAUGUGGGGCUUUGCUUUUGAGGGGUGCUGGGUGUACUAUUAAUGACCUCCUUGAUCGCGACAUUGAUACAAAAGUAGAACGUACAAAGUCAAGACCUGUGGCAAGUGGUCUUUUAACGCCAUUUCAGGGACUUUGUUUUCUUGGUUUUCAGUUAACUUUGGGUCUUGGGAUUCUUCUGCAAUUGAAUAAUUAUAGCCGUGUUCUGGGUGCCUCAUCCUUGUUGCUUGUCUUCUCUUAUCCCCUUAUGAAGAGGUUUACAUUUUGGCCUCAAGCCUAUCUCGGGUUGACCUUUAAUUGGGGCGCUUUGUUAGGAUGGGCAGCAAUUAGAGGAAGUCUAGAUCCAACAAUAGUGCUGCCACUUUAUGCCUCUGGAGUUUUUUGGACACUUGUUUAUGAUACAAUCUAUGCUCACCAGGAUAAAGAAGAUGACCUAAAAGUGGGAGUUAAGUCAACGGCUUUGCGCUUUGGUGAUUUUACAAAGGAGUGGAUUACUGGGUUUGGGAUUGCAUGCCUUGGUGGUCUUGCUCUCAGUGGCUAUAAUGCUGAAAUAGGAUGGCCAUAUUAUGCAUUUCUGGCAGCUGCAUCUGGACAACUAGGCUGGCAAAUAUGGAUAGUUGACCUCUCAUCACGUGCUGAUUGCAAUAGCAAAUUUAAUUCAAACAAGUGGUUUGGAGCUAUCAUAUUUGGUGGAAUCCUAGCUGGAAAACUUGUAUCGUAGGGGUAAUUUGUCUGCUUGAAUAGUUAUUUUUUUGUCUUGUAAUAAUUUAUCAAAUUUGCAUGUAUUAUACCAAUUGUCAUGAGUCAUCAGUCAUCGCCUUAGGAUAUUGUAUGAUUUUACUUCCUUACCACAUAUAACAAUUUUUGCCUACAAGAAAAAGUUAAAUGUUCGUGUUAUUAUUUCUUUUGAACCAA